AUGAUCCGCUCAGAUUCCCGUCUUACAGAAGCAGACUUCGCACAGGCUGCUUGCCUCCGUGCCGUGGUCAAGCAAGGCGUAGGCGUUGACAACAUCGACCUCGCCGGGUCAAAGAAACAUGGCAUUGCUGUCCAUAAUACCCCCACGCUAAACAGCGAGAGUGUUGCAGAACUAUCUAUGGCUUUGGCUCUGACUUUGAGCCGACGAGUCUGUGAAAUUGAUCGCGCAGUACGCAGUGGUCAGAGAGUCAUUCGUUCAACUAUGCUGAGUACAAGCAUGUUUCGCAAACGAGUUGGCGUUAUUGGAAUGGGAAACAUAGGUAAGAUUAUUGCUCAGAAAUGGAUUGGUGCGUUUGAGUGUGAGGUUGUUGCAUAUGAUCCUUCUGCGCCUGCAGAUGCGUGGAAGGGUCUUAAUCAUGUUCGUGUCAAGGCUUUAGACGAUCUUUUGAAGGACGCCGAUGUGAUUACCCUUCAUGUACCGCUACUCGAGUCCACCAGAAGUUUGAGCGAUCACGAACUUAGUAUCAUGAAGGCUAAUGCCAUUCUGGUGAACUGUGCUAGAGGCGGUGUGGUAGAGAAGGCCUUGCUUAGGGCUUUGGAUCAGAAGAAGAUAGGCGGUGCUGCGCUUGAUGUUAUGGAGAUUGAGCCUCCUACUUUGGACGUCUAUGGAGAGUUUCUGAAGCAUGAGAAUGUUAUCAUGACUCCUCAUAUUGGAGGAUGUACGAAGGAAAAUCAGAGUCGGACUGGAAUGGCCGUGGUUGAGACAUUGAUGGAUGUUAUAGAGGGACGUGAGGCUACUGGAAAAUUGAUUUAG